AUAUAGGUUAACAGGUAAUGCAGGUAAUGCAUUUCCAAUUGCGUAUUUGAUUAUGUGAAAGGAAUUAAAAACUUUUAUUAUUGAAACAUAUAUAUCUUUUAGCCAUACGGAAGACGUUCCGAAAUAAGAGUUGACCCAUAAAAGAAAACGAAGAAGCCAUUUACAAACAAGACAUAAUUCAUAUUUACCCAUGGGUUAGAAGAUUUAGACGUUGCAUGUGAUUCGAAAAAAAACACUACAUACAAUCAUGACCAACAUGCUUGUGCUUGCUUUUGACAACACUUAGACCUGGAAUAUAUAAUCUGCAUAUGGACUUUACAGAGCUGUGAACACAAUGGCUAAUACUUAACGAGUUUUAACAUGAUGUCCAAUUGUGCCUGGUCGGUAUAAACAAUUGCCGUCACUUUAAGAUGGCAAUACAUUAUUCAGCGACUUAAAUAGUAAACAAAUAUGUCAAAGAAAUAUGAAGAUAACGAACUGUUUCGUAAUUGGAUCAAGGGAGUGCUUGGAAUUGAUUUUCUGCAUGAUGGGCUUGUCGAAUUUGUUGACAAGGAAACUGAACGCCAAUGGGACACUAUCGUUAAAACAAUACAAAACAGAUGCAAACUUAAGUCGUUUGAUUGUAAAGAUUGCACGAUUGUAAACCUAUUACCAGAGCACCCAGUUGGUUCUUGCUUGAAUAGUUAUCCAGAUGAAUGCAAUUGUUCAAAAAGAAAGAAAAAGAACAAAAGAAAAUGUCCAUUGAAGGGUGCAUGUGGUAUAUUUUAUGACAUGGUGAUUGAUGAGCAUGUCAAGAAACAACCGAAAUGGGACAACACAAAUGUCGAGAAUUGGCCAAACAGCUAUUGGGAAUACGCCAAAUGCUUCAUUCCUGGUCCAGGACACAUCGAUGACGAUACAUCUGCCAAUACCGACACAGCAGCUUUGCUAAGCAUUUGUCUCAACAACAAUGACAUACGUGGACUACUGGGGGAUCCUGGUACAUUAGAAAAGUCCAAAUCCAACAGGAAUGAAUUGCUUCACUCCGGAAGGAUGGAAAUUACAAAAGAAAAACUGGCUGAAGUGCUUGCAAAUAUGAAGGCUGUGCUAUCAACAGAUGCUUUUUCUGGUUACGCUUGUGCCAGAUUAGCAAUAGACAGCAUUGAAAAGCUGGAAAGAGAUGAAAUCAAAGUUACGAUUCAAACAGAUAUUACAGCUAGAAAAACAGCCUUAAAAUCGAUUGUAUCUAAAAAGAAAGAAAUUGAAAACGAAAUAAAGGACAAAGAGGAUGAAGUAAAUAAAGGGAUUGAAGGGGACAGAGAAAACAAAGAUUCUGGAGAAAUGUCAAUUAAUGAUCUGUACAAAGAGACAGCAAAACUAACGAAGGCAGAGGAAGAUCAUACCACCAGCAUUUCUAAGCAUUUAAACACAUUAAAGGACGAGGUCAAGGCGAUGCAACUUUCCAUUCAAAAUCACGAGGAUGACUUAAAGGCUAUAACUGAGGGACUUUCUUCGCAGAGCUGUCUGCUGAAAACAAUGAGACAAGACCAGAUAGAGCACGGAAAAGAAUUAAAAGAUACACAUGAAGAUGUAAAGAAAGUUUUAGUUGGAAUCGAAAGUUUAGGAAAGACGAAUUUUGUGAAAGAAUAUCCGCUUCCACGUAUACGGGUUGUUAUGGUCGUGAAAAAUGUUGACGGGACAAAAGAGAAAAUAGUGAGCGAGUUUUUAGUCGAAGUUGGUAACAACAUGCAGACAAGCCUUUCUGUUGCCAACAAGCAAUGGGAGCCAGUGGAAAAGGUUUUCCUUUCUGUCCUGCACGAUUUAAACGAUGGUACGAAAGACGUGCUUGAGCUUAAAAGCGAAUGCGUAGCAAUUUACAUACAGUGUUAUUCCCUGCAAGCACUCGUUCAACUUUGUCGAGAGGCCAUGCAUGGUGCUCUAACGAACCGCUUUCGGCCAGUUGAAAAGGAAGUCCGAAAGAUUCAUGGAUUUAGUCAGGUCCGGUUCGAAAUUGUUAUCUUUGAGAAAGACUUCUUGUUUGUAACAAGUACCAUCUUGCGAAGGGCCAAACAAAAGUUGGCGAUGCAAGAUAACAAAACAGCAGAUACCAAUGAACACGUGCGUAGAUUGCUCAGUGAGCAUAUGCCUCUACCUGCGGAGCUAUGCAAUGAAGCCUCCGAUGAUCAGAGUGAAGGUGAUGGAACAAGUGUGAAUGACUCUGAAAAUGAUUAUCACGAGAAAAACGGAACGAUAACAGAUAAUUAUUCAAGUGAAACAAGUCAUUCAGAAAUUGAAGAUCAGGUUGACGAUGAUGAAAUACCUCCUGUAGAAGAUCCCUGCAACGUUCAAGAAUCCUCAGAAGUCCAGAGUGAAACAAAGGAAGGAAUUCCUGACGCAACUGAACACCAGGAUGAGCUUGGGUCUGUUACUGGAGACCGGACAGAAGAAACAAUCACAACCGUUGAAAGUGAGUCAGACGAUGAAUCGUUUGCUGCGAAAGACCCACGUACCGAUAACGCCCAUGUGCUUGACUACAAGGCAAAGGGGAUUGACUCUUUAACUGGAACAGUCACACAUAUGAAAGAAACACCAUUUACUCGGGAUGAAGCUGCAAUAGAAUCAUCAAUCGACAAAAACGAUGUACCAUGCAAUCAUAACGAAGUUGGCACAGCGUUAUCAGCGGAAGUUGGAUUAAUGCCUAAGCAUAGUUGUGAGCAGUCUGGGAUUGAAGAUUUAACUGACGAAACACACGAAUACUCUAAAGCUGUCGAGGAAGAAUUAAAGACCGAUCCCUGUCUAUCUCAGUAUGCAACUGAAGUAGACGAGCGCGCAAAAGGGUUAAUAACUGGCUUUACGGAAUCACCAUGCAAUCAGAAUGGAACUAUCAAAGAUUCUUUAGCGGCAGCUCACUGUUUACCAUAUCACGAGUCUGAUGAGGUUGACGUUGAGGAUAACACAAACGAAUCGCCGCCUGCCAUCCAUGAAUCACCAACAUCUGCCUUACUGCCUAUGCGCGAAUUCGUGGUUGAUUCUCAGAGGAAAGAGAUGUUCGGCGAAAGCAGCAAAACAUCAGUAUCAGAAAUUUCCACAGAACUUGCGUGUUUUACAUCAACCGGCAUUCAGCCAAAGAAUGAUGUUGACACUGUUGACGAUCAGGCGGAAGAAGCAGUCAUGAGCUUAGGCAAUACUUUCGACAACGCACAGCCACAGAGUGAAGACCAAGUAGAGCAUCGUAAAUGCCUUAAGGAACCAUCCAAAGAAAUGAUCGAAACUGAAGAGGUGAUAACAAGUUAUUCUGAAUUUCUAAGCAAAACGUCAGACGAUCAAAAUCACGAUGGACCAGGAAUACCAGGUGAUGAUGAUUGUGUCGGAGGAAAUUCAAUUUUGACAUACAGUAAUGAGUCCGUCGCGCAUGAUGCAGGGGGCGACAAAGAUACGGGCUAUGAUAGACAGGAUGUUAGUGGUUCUGGUGGUGAAACGCAUAAACCGAAACGUUCGGUUUCGAUAGAAGACGAUCUGAAAGAUCAUUCAGAGAUCCCUGCUUUAGAAUGUACACACCAAACUCAAAGAGAACGAGAAUGUGUGCUAUGUCGUGUUCGAUUGUCAAACAUCGUAGAAUUCAAGAAACAUUUACGAACAAAAUCACAUGUUGAAAACGUCCGCAAGGAUAAUGAUGGAAGGGAAAGAUGGAGUUGCAGGUCCCCACCUUAUGGUAGAAAGGAGAAUUAUUCCCUUUGCCCAAGAAAUAAAAACGGCACGUGUCCCUACGGCAACCAGUGCACCGAACCGCAUUCGAAAAAAGAAUGUGAAGAAUGGACUGAACGAAUAGGUCAUAGAAAGAGAAUCAUUCGCUUUUUGUCGGAAAACCUAGAGAAACCGGAUUUGGAGAAUGAUAUUUCAGACAUGUUAUCGACAAACACAAUGGAAUCACCGAUAUUGGACUUUGCCGUCGUGAAAAUAGACAAAGAUCAACAUUUACGUGACAACAAGAAAAACUUAAAACAUACAUGGAAUGUAUCUGUUGAAAGUGAAUACGCAAUUAAAAGAAUUAGACUUGUGGAUCUCAAUUAUGACGUUUACUUCUGCAUCGGAAAAGUACAUGACAUUUCUUCUGGAGAUAUUUGUGACACCUUUGACGAUAUGCAAGAGUGGACAAAUCCCCGAUAUGUACAAAGCUACAAACACAAUUUUAAAUACAACAUCAAGAUCCAAUUUUCAGCUGAUAUAUAUGGAUCGUUUCAACAAAAGCUCAAUAUAGAGUUUGGACGCAAACAAGUAAUUACAAAAGAAUUUGCUGUGGAAACUUUGCAAGAAACCGAUAUAGAAGAAGUAAAGAAAGAAAGAUCGGAUGCAAAAGCCGAACAAGAAUUGCUCAAGAAUUAUCCAUUGAGAGAUAUCAUGUCGGAUGACUUUUCUAAAGAUCUGACACCAAGUCCUACGAAAGAUAAUUACAAACCGUGGAUGCAUAUGAUGUUGUAUGUCGAGGAACACGAACGGCUCAAACAAAUCUCAAAAUACAACAUGAUAACAACAUUGGAAUUAGAUGACUGCUUGCCGCCGCUAACAUCGACGGACGGAUACAAAUAUGCCGAACCGGGCCAUCUCUUUGCUCGUAUUCAGUUUAAAGAAAAAUUAUCGUUAGAAAGUCAGGCGGGAAGACUUAUUCUUCAAAACACCAAUUUAGUUUGGUUGUCACCCACCUCCUUGAACUCGAGUGAAGAAAGAAAGAAGGUAUACGAGACAAAACUAGAAUAUCGAGAGGCAGAUAAUAUUGACGUCGAGCUAUCUGAACAGUGUGUGCUAGAUCUACAACUGAGACAGGGUCAAACCUUAGAAGUCGAGGUUCAAAUUCAACUCAACCGAAUUCAUUUGUGUGAGCUACACGAGGCAGUGGAUGAAAUAGAGAUUCCUGAUCUUGUUUGCCCUGAAGAAUUUCCUCCUCUUGAUGUACAAAUUUCCACAGAAUCACGGACGUCAAAAAAGACUGAUUCUCAAUUGAAACAAUGUAACGACCACCAAUGGGAUGCUGUUGCAAAGUGCGAAAGUCCCACGGAACAGAAAUCUCCCCCAUUGCUGAUUGUUGGGCCUUUUGGAACCGGAAAGACAUACACAAUCGCCCAAUGUACCAAACAUGUUCUUCGCACUCCUGAAAAUAGAGUACUCAUCUGUACACACUCAAACAGCGAAGCAGAUAUCUACAUUCGAGAUUAUUUUCAACACAUUUAUCAUGAGGGCAAUGUUGAGGCAAAACCUUUGCGAAUAUAUUACCAGGAAAGACGAAUAGAAACUGUAUCGGCUGAUGUUCAAAAAUUCUGUUUACUACAAACGGAUGAAAUGUCCGCAAGGAUCCGUUUUCAGGCUCCAAAUAAGAAGGACAUCGAAGAUUAUAGAGUGGUAGUUACCACAAUGGGAUCGUCAAAAUUAUUGACUCGAUUGCAUCUCAAAAGAGGUUACUUCACUCACAUAUUUCUUGACGAGGCGGCGCAAGUCCUAGAAAGCGAAACUCUAAUACCGCUUUCCUUGUGUGGCCCAAACACGAGGGUUGUUUUGGCGGGUGACCAUAUGCAGAUGAGUCCCGAGUUGUAUUCCAAGUUUGCCAAACAAGAACAAUUCAGCACUUCCUUACUGGAACGGCUGUACAACAAGUACAAAAAAGGUUCACCGUACACGAUAAUGUUAUGCAAGAACUACCGCACCAAUCAGCACAUCAUUGAAUUCAUGUCACGGACGCUCUACGACAAUAAAGUUGUUGCAGAAAAAAACCCACCCCAGCAUCCCCUUUUCUACCCUUUAACGUUUUACACGGCCAUGGGUAGAGAAGUUUGUGCUGGUAUAAAACAAGGAUACUAUAACCAAGCGGAGAUUUCCGAGGUUACAGACCAUGUUCACUAUUUGCGAAAAACCUGGCCAGAUGAAUGGGGACUGUUCGAUGAAAAGAGUAUCUGUGUCGUUGCACCAUAUUUCAUGCAAAUUGCACUUUUAAGACACCAAUUGAGAUCUGUUGGUCUAGCUGGCGUUACGGUUGAGCGUGUUGGAAACGUUCAAGGCAAGCAGUACCGUGUAAUGAUUAUCAGUACUGUUCGAACGAAACUUCCGAAAGAUAUAGAAGACGAAGAGGAUGUAGACAUAGGAUUUUUGUCGAACAUCAAGCUCAUUAACACAGCGAUAACAAGGGCACAGUCCCUUGUUAUAGCAGUUGGGGAUCCCGUCGCACUCUGUACUUUUGGCGAUUGCAGAAAAUUCUGGGGCAAUUUCAUAAGAGAAUGUAAUGAGCACAACUCGUUCCAUGGAAUGACUUUUGACACUAUAGAGCGGCUGUGUCAACAGAGUCAACUUUCACUGAACCCGGACGCGGAGGAGUUUUAUCCUUUGAAUGACCCUUUUGAAUCGACGAAAUCCGGUGCCUUUGGAACUGCACAUAGAACAAGGACAAGAAAUAACAGCAGUGAAGAGAAUUGGAAAGCGUACCGCCCAAAUCCAUCCACACCUUCCAAGGCGAAAUCAGAACAACACUGCAAUUGCUCCGUUAAAACACCGACGACAACGAAAAGCACAUUUCAUUCAGCUUAUGAAGUUAAUGCGAGGCCUUUGUCUGUCGUCAACCCAGACAUGAAGGAUGGCAAUACAAAUAGCAAUUUCAACGGAGGAACAGGACAAUUGCAAAAUGUCCAUGCAGUUAUGACGCCGCGUCAAGAACAAGACGGUGUAAAAGACAAGAUGCAGACUUUAGGACAUGCACCAUUUUCGAAUGGAGGUUAUCAGGUGUCACAGCAAACGGCACCAAACGUAGUGAAGCCACAGGUUGAAAGCAGUAUGUCCUAUCCACAUUUCCCGAUGCCAACUCCAGCAUUUAAUAUGAAGCCACCGAGUGCCUUAAUGAAUCCAGCCCUGAUUCAGAAACCCAGCACAUAUCCAUACAAUCCUCCUCAACCAAAUAUCUCGUUUCCACCAAAUGUAUUGCAAUCUGCUUCACAACCGAUUUUCUGGAAUCAAAAUGCUCCUCCACAACAAGGCAACUUUUAUGGAAACAACAUGACGAACUUGUUUGCCGGUGCUAAUUAUGGUUUUAUGGGAGCGAACGGUCCAAAUGCGCAACAACAUUUCAACCCAGGGUAUGUGGGACCGAAUAUGUAUGGUGGUAACACUCCAACGCAAUUUCUGAGUCCGCAAUUAUUCUUUUUUUUGCCACCAAUGACGCAAACAGCUCCACCCCAAAACUUUGCUGGUUCCUUCAACGCAAACCAGUCUUCAACCCAAGGGGUGAAGUUAUCUUCUCAAACCAACAUGAGGCCAGGCGAAAUGGAAGGUAACACGAAAGUACUUGAUAAUGAACAUCGGAAUUCUGCUAUACCUCCUUUUCCCGAUUUUCGAAAUACACAGGAGGAACAGGAAGAGUGUUUAGCGCAGAAGUCUUCGACAAGUAUUAACAAUGACCGUCUGUGCCUAGAAACUACCCUCAAACCACCGACAAGAAAGUCAGGUAGUGUUGCUCAGAAUGUAAAGCCUGACAAUGAAUUACCAGACGAAGAAACCUUACCAUACCAUCUGCCUGUGAGUCAAAUCAGUGAGACACUUGUGACGUCUGAGCAUAUACGUUCCAAAGUAACUCUGAAAACAGGACCUAAGCCAAAGGAACCAGGUCAUGAGAGUAAUAGCUUUGUUCCUGAACCUGUUAAAAGAGAAAACCUCGACGAACUGGAUCAAAUUAACGGACAGACUUUAAACAUGGAACAUUUUAGCAAAGGGAAUACUAGGAAAACAAAAAGAGAGGUACCAACUACUGUUACACUCGCUAAUAAAGAUAAUAAAACACCAGUGGACGUGAACUUCUCAAAUACCUAUUCGGAUAUAGGAAGGCAUAGGGAGGAGAUUGGGGAGAUUAAGCAUAUUUCUAAUCCAAGAAAGAAGAAAGCCAGUAAAAAAGAAAUAGAAAUAGCAAAUGCCGUUAACGCAGCAGAAAAUGAUACAGAGUUCUCAUUUAAAAACACCAAAUCGUCUGGUAAACGAGAUGCACAGAAAGGUAAAGAGUAUAUUUCUGGAGAGGCAUCGAACGGUACCAAAAGCUUAAGCCCGUUGCGCAAACUUCCGUCCACAACCAUGUCCAGUGGAGUUGAUCAGAGUACGAAUGAAACAGAAAUACGUGGAAUUAAAUCAAGUAAGAAGGAACAUAUACAAACGGCUACACACAAACGUGUGGUCACCAAAAUGCAAAUUGGGAAUCAAAGAUCAGUUAAUACUGGUCAAGAAAACGUCUCGAACGGAAAAGGGACGAAGUCUGUUAAAAAGUUUAUGCCUUUUGAACAGUUUUUGCACGAGAGAGCAGAGAAGUCAGUAGUAUGUUUAGCAGAAAAUACAAGGACAGCUUCUCGUUCAAGAUCAAAGCGAAAACAGUCUUUAAACAAAGGUCCAGAUCAGGAAUAUGCGUACAAGAGGUCAGGAACCAACAAUGCCUUCUGUCGGGAUCCUGAAGUUCGUCCAGUCAGAUCAUAUUCGGAAACUUUAAAGUCGUGGAGGAAUACAUCUAGUGAACUGGAAUCAGCGCAGGGAAUGGAUGAGGAGGUUUCACUUCGUCCGAAAUACCAACAGUUUUUGAUGAAAGGAACGAUUCUGCCCACACAACGAGGUCCAAAAUUAACAGAGAGAGCAGAGAAAUCAGUAGUAUGUUCAUCAGAAAAUACAAGCACAGCUUCUCGUCCAAGAUCAAAGCAAAAACAGACUUUAAAGAAAGGUCCAGAUCAUGAACCUGUGUACAAGGAAGAAUGGCGAAAAAUUUCCUAUCAAAAGCGGCAACCACUUACCUUGGGAAAUUUUACCCCAUCAUCAAUUCACGAUGAGACCAUACAAAACACGUCGAAUGGUAAAUCAAGUGAAAAACAGAAAAGAAGGAAGAGUAAGGGCUGGACAGCGACAAGCCAUCCUCCAAUGACAAAAUCACGCACCAAUAGAAGAUACUUAGAUUCUGACAAAACCUGUUCAUCUUUGACAACACGCGCUAAAACACCAGAUCAGGAGACGUGUACUGACACUAUAACACCAAAGGAGGAGUUAACCAUAAAAGCAACAAAUGAUAAUACCCAACCGAUUACACAAAUACAUGAUGAAACGGAAUAUGGUGAAGAUAUGAAAAUAAAGAAGAACAUAUCAAACUAUGAACGAAAAUCAGCCGAGACGGUUGUUACCCCCAACACCGAAAUCAAAAGAGAAAGACCUAAACUUAAGGGAUCCAUACGAGAUUUAUCCGAACAACCGGAUGUUGCAGAGGAAGAGCGUGUAAUCAUUCGAAGGAAAUUUCCACCUUCGUACGCAGAUAUUGUACGCGAAAAACACCAGUAAUCAUAGCGUUUAUCUUAUUUAGCAUUUGCUGUUUGUAUUAAACUCCACAAACUUCAUCUUGAAAACGUCAUAUCAUUUUGUUUUUGAUGUGUUAUAAAAUCGACAGCUUUGACUUCGGUGAUAUUUUUUGUAUUUAUGUGUGGGUGAUAUGUUAUGUAUUUAUGUGUUGAAACAGUUUGAGUAGUGCUAUGAAUGUACAGACGCUUUGGUGUAAUGUUGAAUAUUAAUACCAAUCUGUACAUUAAUACAUGGUUAUACUGGCGGAAAAGAGUACCUGUGCAUACAAAGACAUCCAAAAUAACUUAAGAAGUUCCGUGAUUGGACAUUGUUUUCCAUAAUAAGUAAAAAUAGCAACGUAACUCAGAGUCAGAUACGGAAGGGUACUAAUCAUAACAGGCCACAUUUAAAUCUAGCAACGAAACUCUGAUACAAUUGGGUUCCCUUCUUAGAUGUUGGUAAAGCUUUUGUGUAUUCUUUAAGGACCUGUGUAGAUUGUCCAUGCACAUGCACACCUAGUUAAUUCGUCUAAUGUAUGUUUUAUGAGUUAAGUUCGUUUGUACGAUUUUCAUACGAGUUUUUGCCUUAUACUGUUUUGAUAUCAACAUGGUACUGUCUCCGAUGAGCAUUGUAGGUUGACAAUUAAUAUGACAUUGAUAGAUGUUCAAAUAAGUUGUGAGGUUAGUCCUCCAAAUGAGCUCUUAUUGCCGUUGACACUUCAAUUGAAGUAAAACAAUCGUUUUGUGAUGGUGUUUUUAAAUUUAGCGUGUCUCUUGUUGAUCAUCUGCUUUUCCUUUAAAGAUGUGACAAUUUAUUGUGUUCCUGCUUGUAGUUAAUAUUGUAUUGGUUUUUGUGUGUUUUUUUUCACUCUCCUUAACAUUCACUACCAUGAUAUGACUGGCCAAAUGUAGUAAUAUAUUUAUGUUUUAUAUAUUUGUACGAUGAGAUGCUUGUUUCAUAAGUAAAAACUAAACUUACA